AAUGUCUGAACUCUUUAUGGAAUGUGAGGAAGAGGAGCUCGAACCAUGGCAGAAACCAGCGCCUCAGCAUGUGUUAAUUGAGGAUGAUGAUGAUGACGACGAGCCCAUAUUUGUUGGAGUAGUAUCAAAAAACGAAAAAGAGGUGCCGCCAAUCUCUCCACCUCCCUCAAAGACCAAUGUGGAGAAACAAGAAACCAACUCUGCUCCUGCUCCUGCUCCUGCUCCUGCGUCAACCCCAGCCUCCUCUUCUAUAAUGUUACCUUUGAAAAUAGCUGGAAAUGCCAUUAGCACCUCUUCAUCUGGUUUCACAACACUGACUCCGCAGCCUGUUAUUGUCAAUGAUCAGGGGUUAAUCGUAACCCAACAGUUAACCAGCAACAACAACCUCAUUGCCACACUUGGGAAUCAGUAUCCUCCUGGGACCAAAUUUGCCCUUGUAACAGCCGGUCAGCCACAGCAGCUCAUCCAGCGGUUUUCACCAGUAACAACUGCGGUGCCCGGUGUUGUCCAUCGGCCUCAUGUGCAGCAGAUCCGAAACAAUGUUGUGACGUUGGCUAAUGUGCAGAACCCUACUGUAUAUACAACCAAACCCCAUCUGCUACAAGUCAGCCAGGCCACUUCUCUGCAGACCAUUGCCUUGCCUGGUCAGGCUAACAGCUUAAACAAAGAGACCCUGAAGCGGGUCUUGCCAGCUCAGCAAAUAGACACUGCUGCAAAAAGAUUCAAAGAUGAUGUCUGCCAAGCAAACGUGACCAAACCAUUGGAAAAUGGUGACAUUAAGAAAAAUUGCCCAAACUGUAAAGAAGAAUUCCUACAGCAGGAGGUGUUGGAUUGUCAUAUGACUAGUUGUCAGGCUAAAGUGGAAGGGAACGCUCUGCUUACCAAUAACAUUGUCACGCACAAACGCAUCAUGCUGGUGUCAGAAUUCUACUAUGGGAGAUUUGAGGGUGAUCCUCCCAAGGCAUCGCUGCAGAGAAGCAGCAUCACUUUCAAGUGUCAAAGCUGCAGCAAAGUUCUCAAAAGCAACAUCAAGUUCAUGAACCACAUGAAGCACCACCUGGAGCUGGAGAAGCAGAACAAUGAGUCCUGGGAGAGCCACAUAACUUGCCAGCAUUGUUACCGCCAGUACACAACUCCAUUCCAUCUGCAGUGCCACAUCGAGAGCGCGCACAGCCUCAUCGAAUCUUCCACGAAUUGCAAGAUAUGUGAGCUUGCGUUUGAGUCUGAGCAAGUGCUUCUGGAGCAUAUGAAAGACAACCACAAGCCCGGGGAGAUGCCCUACGUCUGUCAAGUGUGCAAUUACAGAUCUUCCUUUUUCUCGGACGUGGAGACACAUUUCCGAAGUGUCCAUGUAAACACAAAAGACCUGCUGUGUCCUUUUUGUCUCAGAAUUCUGAGAAAUGGUCAGUGUUACAUGCAUCAUUUCAUGAAACAUCAGAAAAAAGGCAUCCAUCGCUGCGGAAAAUGUCGACUGAAUUUCCUCACCUACAAAGAUAGAAUCGACCACAGGGCUCAAGUCCACAAGACUUUUAAAAAGCCUUCAGUACUGGAGGGCCUGCCCGCGGGGACAAAGGUGACUAUUCGGGCCUCCCUCAGUGCCAAGACAGUCACCAUGUCGAGUUCAGUGGAUCGAUCUGCUGUCGUUUUAACUCCUGAAACGCUGAGCAACAGUGCAAAAAUCAAACCUGGUGGUUUGGGCAAAUCCAAACGUAACUCCUCCGAAGCAGUCAAGCCCAAGGCAGUUCUGAAGAAUAAAGGGAAUUCUGCUACCAAUUGCAACCUGUCACUCAAAAGCAUGAGUGUGAAUGGAGGUUGCUACACCUGCAUUGAGUGCAACACCAAAAUCGAUGACUUCUCUUCCCACUUCUUGCUCUCUUCGGAUUGUGGCGCCUGCAAUUAUCGGACAAGUUGCAAAGUUGCCAUUGGAAAUCACAUGAUACGAUUUCACAGCACAGUCAGCAAGAGCAGGUUUUCCAAAGUGGAUCAGAGGAAACACUCAUCUGCAAUGAAAUUAACGCUGGUGUGUCUCAACUGUGACCUCCUGGUGGAUGCGUCAGGCGGCGAUGUGAUGAGCAAACAUUUAAAUGACAGAACAAAUCACAUAUGCAAAGUCAUUGAGGAGAAAGGUGUCAAAGCCGAAACUGGAGUCCAGGACUACAGUGAGACUGUCCGAAUGAAAAGGAAGGAAAUACUCCCCAAACUGAAGGAGGCUCGAGAAACGGGUGAUAUUGCCUGCCAGAGACACGACAAACCGAUCAUCGUCAAUCAAACUGCACACCAAAACAACACAGAAACAUCUGAUCACUCCUCAAAGUCACUCACAGUUUUGAAGUCAUCACCAACGGAAACGACCUUCGAACCGGUGCAAAUCGAGAAGAUGGAACACUUACUUCACGCCAAGGUUGAACAACUUAAACCUUUGCCCGUAUUGCCUGCAGCUCCCGAAGAUUCUGUCGGAGAAAACGCAAUGCAAUCUGUCUCCUCACCUGUUGAAGAUUCUUCGAGCGAAAAUGUGAUGCAGGCUGGCUCCUCCUCUUGCGCGUUGGAUGGCGUCGAUGAUGUUGAGCCAAUUGGAGACUUGAAUAUCACGGAUAACUGUCAACCUGAUCAAAUAUCUGAUUGAGCAGCAAACGGCGGUACCAACAGAGCCACUACCAACAAACUCUUUUUAUACUUCUCAAACCAUUCAAGUGUUCCCCAUCGAAGAAUGGCAGAAUUUGUCAUUCAUCCAACCAUGAAUCAGUCAAGAUGUCCCGCCAAAGGAACAUUGUAGAUAUGUCAUGAUAGUGGAUGCUGUUAAACUCAUAUCGGUACAUUUAGAAAACAUCAUUGGGAUCCCACUAGUGAGCCUCGCGAUGCGUUUGAACCUUCGGCAUCCGCCUGGCACACUUUUAUAUUUUUUAUUUUUUUGUGCAGAACCGUUUUAUUGAAUAUGUUAAAAUGUCUUUCACACAGUUCUUUAGUUGUCGUGUACCAAGAUGGGCCGUUGGUUUUAUUUUGAUGGCAUUUGACCUGAAAUGCCUUAAGAGAAGUGUUUUUAAAUAGGCCGCAAGAGGGCAUGAUAUUCAAUAAUGCGCCUGAUGCAGGAUCAUCCAUUACCCUACUGAAGCUCGAAACAUUGACACCAUGGUUUUAGGCUUUGUCCCGAAACCAAAGAUGUUACGCUGAUGUAGAAAAUGUCCAUUGGUUGUGGUUCUUUUCCACAUUCCAAUCAUGAGUUCAAAACACAAAUCUAAAGUUGAAAUAUUUAUUUAAAAAAAAAAAGUUUACUUAAGACGUGUAUGUUAAGGUUAAGGAACAAUCCUGGUGCACAAAUGUCUUGGUUUACAAUUUAUAGUAUUGUUUUCUUCCUUUGUUUUAUGUCAUGUGGAAUAGUCUAGAUCAUGUGAUCAAGGCAGUUAUUUCUACUUCUGAUAUCUGUUAUACUGUACAUUAAUUUCCAGGUUACAGUAUUUGUUUAAAAAAUAAUUAAAUGGCAUUAAUAGCCUGCUGGUGAUCUUCA